CAUCAGCAGAGCAGGGGAUGGGAAUGAAUGUGCAUUUGGAUUUAAUAACAAAUCUUGGGUUUAGAUUGUUCCUGUUUGGUCACAACAACAUCUGGACCUCCAUCUCAGAUCCACUUUCCUCCAGACUGGGAGUGAAUCUGGAUCACAGAGCAGGUCUUCUGUCCUUCUAAGGGUCUCUGAAACCAAAACCAUGACUCUCAUCCACAGAGUCCAGACCACAUUCACCCAGCCGCUGCACGCAGGAGUUGGAGUUCGGAUGGUUAUGGGAUCUGGAGACUCUGCAAAGUUCCUUAAACCCAGAGAGAAUGUUCUUCUGUUUUCUCUUUGAUCAGGGGUCAUUCAUGUCUCCGCUGGUCUGUCCCGUAUUUCUCUGGCUUAAAUGUAGUUAUUUCUGUGUUUCAGGAGCCAUAAAGAAUAUCACUGCUGAUGUUUCCUUUCAUUCUUAUAUGACACAGAUAUGGAAAUAUAGACUUCACUGUGCUCUGGUAGUAUUGCUUUAAUAUUAGUAUUGAUGUAUUUGGAUGAUCUGGUUUCUCUUCCACUGUUCUGAGGAACAAAUGUUGUUCUUGUUGAAAUCAGUUAUGAAUAAAGUAAAUUGAAGUUGCUUUUGUUUUGUUUUUAUUGUGAUCCAAAGAAGAAACUGAAACUAACAUCAACUAGAACUGAUACUGUUUUCUUCCCAAUUAUUUAGAUUUUAAUCAGAAAAUGAAUAUUUGCUGUUUGGUCUGGCUUUCUUUAUUAUUGCAAUAAAUUGUGAGUUGUUUAAUCUAAAGUCAGAAACAUUUCCUUCAGAGUGCCUCAUAUGAUGCUGGAGAUCAGACACACACAGGAACAACAGGAGCAACAACCUGGCCUGAGUUCAAGUUUAUCACAUUUAGCCUUAAGAUCAAGUUCCCAGACUGGUGACAAAUAUUUACUGACUCACAUUUUCUGUCAGUUUUUCAAACAAGAUUAUUGUAAUAUAAAUUUUUUGAUCACACAGUUGCUUAUAUUUAAUAAAUUACUAAUAUAAAACAGAAAACCUUUGUGUUACGAACAACAGACCGAGUUUUAACAGAACCCCGGGAACAGAGCCGACCCAAACUGCCACUAACAAUAUGGCGGCGGCGAUGACCUGUUUGCUCAUCUUCUCUCUCCCCCUUGUGUUUGCGCUUCACCGCCAUCUGGCGGCGCUUUUAACGAACUGCAGCUGGUUCGCGAUACGCCCUGCAGACAUGUAAUGUGUCCCAGCUCUGCCUCCUAAAACCUGGAUCUUUACCUCCAACAGAGCUGAAAACACGCCUGAUGCGCAGUAAAUCACUAAUAUCGGUUUAGUGUUCGGUUGGGACUUAAAAUGGACCCCGGCUGUCAUAAAACUGGGCCGUGAGGAGCUUUUUCCUGGCAGACAUGGCUGGUUUUUGUCAUGUGGUUUGUGAGAAAACCCGUAUUGGAUCUCUGUGGUCACCUGAGUGAAGAAGCUGAAAAAACCCCACUGAUGAGCGGAGUGUCAGCGAAUUAGUGGGAGAAAACACGCCGAGUGGGUUUGUAGAAAAAUAUUCACGAGUAUAUCCGAACAGAAAGCUCACAAUCCGAGAGAAAAUCCGUUUUAUUCCACAAAAACCCGCAAAAACAGCAACAGGAACAGAUUCUGAGCCUUAAAAUGGGUUGAAUCGAGUCACGUGGUUACAACAACACAAUCUUAUGUUUUAGGCAUAAAAAUUAACAAACAGGGAUUAAAAAAAUACUGGUUUUAUGCCGUCGAGAGGAGCGUAAAGGAGUCCACUCCGCGUCUUAUUGGGCGCAUUAAGAGUCGCAGUUUUGGCGCAGAAACAGCCGCAGAGCUCUUAGAGGACAGAGAGGACAAAAAGAUCUGGUUCCGUGUGUUUUCAGCCAGGAUCCGGCUUCUGUUGGCGGUUCCAGCCGCUAUAAACCCGUCAGGAGCGGACCGAACCCCGGGCCGCAGCUCCUUCUCGGUCUGCCCGAUCACAGCGCCUCCUCAGCGGCCUCCAGCUGCGCACCUGCCCGCUCCGCGGCUCACGUGUCCCGGACUGUCUUCCUCACAUGACCCGGGUGUUUGUCCCCGUGAUCAGCGCCUCCAUCUCCGUCCAUCCGAGCUGCUGAAGUUUCUUACAUCCUGGGAAGGCUUGAUGGAGAUGCUGGAGCAGAGCCUGGAGGGCUCGGUGAGUCACGCCAAACAGGAAGCAGAAGAAGUGGUGCAGCUGCAGGAAGGAGAAGCUGUCGGGACGGAUGGACAGUCGGCGGUCACCAUCACCAGCGUCCCCCAGGCUGCCUUCACCGACCACGGCGUUCAGUACCAGUUCCGCACCGAGAACAACGGCGGACAGGUGACCUAUCGGGUGGUUCAGGUAACCGAGGAUCAGCUAGAAGCGACGGCGGAGGCGACCGGCGCCGUCAGCGUCGUCUCCGCCGCUGCGUUCGCUGGAGCUCCUCAAGCCGUGGCUCAGGCGGUUAUCCAGAACUCCUUCAGUAACGGAGGCAGUCCAGGUGGGGACGCAGUUGGAGGAGAAACGCGUUUCGCUUAUUUUCCUGCGGCCGCCGUCACCGACGGAACGGCGGUGUCGGUCCAAGGCGCCGACCCGGCCAUCACCCAGGCGGGCGGCCAGUUUUACGUCAUGAUGAGUCCGUCGGAGGUUCUGCAGACGGCCAGUCCUCGCACCAUCGCACCCAGAACUCACACCUACACUACGAAGGUCGAAGGUCCGCGGGCCCCCAGAGACGAGAGGCGACGAGCUCAGCACAACGAAGUGGAGAGAAGAAGACGAGACAAGAUCAACAACUGGAUCGUCACGCUGUCGAAGCUGAUCCCGGACUGCAGCGUGGACACCAGAACCGGAGCAAGCAAAGGAGGCAUCCUGUCGAAGGCCUGCGACUACAUCCGGGAGCUGCGGCAGAACAACCAGCGGCUGCAGGACGGCUACAAGGAGGUGGAGCGGGUGGAGAUGGACAACGAGCUGCUCAGGCAACAGAUGGAGGAGCUGAAGAACGAGAACGCUCUGCUCCGAGCUCAGCUGCAGCAGCACGGCGUGGAGGUCAACGGGGACGAGACGCCGCAGUGAGCGCUGGACCCCGCAGCGUCAACACGACCCCCUUCAUCCCCAGUGGACCCGAGCCGGACCCGGAGCGGGGACGGCGCCGCCUCCUGCCCUGACAGCUCUUCACCUGCGCACGGCUCCCAACCUCCUCAUCUCGGCUUCUUCCUGCACUCCGGCCUCCUCGCGUGCGAAGCUACUGGUCGUGACCUGAACGUUGAGACGCCGCUGGACUCUGACCGGGUCGCUGGACUCUGACCGGGCCACUGGACUCGGACCGGGCUGCUGGACUCUGACCGAGCUACUGGACUCGGACCGGGCCGCUGGACUCUGACCGAGCCACUGGACUCAGACCGGGCCCCUGGACUCGGACGCAGUUGAAGGCUUUUAUUUUUAGAUUUUUUUGUUGUUGACGUAGCUCAGGUAACGGGACGCGGAGAACCUCUGUAGGAAGUUGGGUUUAGUCCCCGUUGGAUGAAGUGUACAGAAACUGAUCUCAGAGACGAUUUUUAGCAUUUCUGCUCUGUCUGCUGGGCAUUAACUGAUACUGUUAGUAGAACCUCGCCUUGGGGAACCAGAACCGGCGGGUUUUUGCUGUGCGAUCUGGGAUCAGCUCCUCCAACCGUACUGACGACUAGCGAGCUUCUGUUUACACUGAAAAUCACGGCGACUUGGAUGCAGAACCAGUGGCAUGACUAAUCCUGACACAAUAAAACAGACGUAUUUAUGUCUGACUGAAUUUCUCUCCACGUUUUCAGGAAAAAUACAAUAUGAUCACCGUCUGGCUUGCCGUUGGGCUGAAGAUGACCUUUGACCCAUUCCUAUGUUGAUGGACAGCAACAGUUGCUUCUCUGAGGUCAUUGCUGAUGUCUUUCCCUCUCGGUGUUGCAUUACAUGAAACCUUUGAAUUAAUUUUAUUAGGAAACUAAUUAUUUACUUUCAGGUUUGGUUCAGUAAGUCCAACAUAAACAUGAAAAACAGCAUUUUUAUAUUACUCAUGUAAUUGCUGUCUGAUUGUAGACUGCACUUUCAUUUUAAUUUAGUUUAUUUAUAUAACACCAAUUCACAAUAAAUGUCAUCUCAGUGCACUUUA